GCAGUAGUAGAACCUGAAAGACACAGCUCAGGGUAAAAUCGCUCACUGUGAAUCAUUAGCUCCUCACCUACUUCCUGUUUCACCUCAGUUACUUUUUGAAGUUCGGACAACAGAUUGAAAAUGAGUAUACACUGAUGGUUGUUGCGCUGUCCCACAUUCGUUCAGAAUCAUAACAUGGCUUUUGUCAGAGGAAUUCGCGACUUGAAUUUUACGAGCUAGACCUAUUGUUUCACGAUACGGAAAAAAAGAAAGAAAAGUAUCCUCGCUGCAGCGGGACCGAAGCAGCACCAUGCCCGAGGUGUCGAAGAUGAAGAAGCCCGACGUGAAGCUAGUUCUCCUGGGGGACAUGAACGUGGGGAAGACCUCGCUGCUCCACAGGUACACGGAGAGGAAGUUCAAAGAUACCGUCAGCACUGUUGGAGGGGCUUUUUUCCUAAAACAGUGGGGACCAUACAACAUCUCUAUAUGGGACACUGCUGGUCGGGAACAGUUCCACGGUUUGGGAUCAAUGUACUGCCGAGGUGCAGCCGCUGUCAUCCUCACCUACGACGUGUCCAACUGGCAGAGCCUAGCCGAGCUGGAAGAGCGCUUCCUGUCCCUGACUGACACCGCUAACCAAGACUGCAUCUACGCUUUAGUGGGCAACAAGGCUGACCUAACGGACCCUAGAGCCCAGCUGUCCCAGGACUCAGAUGAGGCAUCCAAGGACCGAAUGGAUUAUGGGGAGGAGAGGACAGAAACCCAGGUUCUGUCUGCCUGCCCCACGCCCCCGGCCUCCCCUGCCUCCCUCUCGGGGAUAACGCUAGGGAAACAGGUGACCCCCGAAGAUGCAAUGGCUCUUUACGGGAGAAUACUGCGCUACAAGGGCCUGGAGGAAAAGAGCAGCCUUCCUGCAGAGAAGAUGUGCUUCGAGACGAGCGCCAAGACGGGCUACAAUGUGGACAAUCUGUUUGAGGCCUUGUUUGAUUUGGUGCUGCCCUCCAUCCUGAGAAAUAAAAAUGAGAACCAGCAGUCCCCCACAGUGGACCUGGAGGAGUGCAGGGGGGCCAAGCGGGGCAGACCCGGCUGCUGCUAGAGAGGGCUCCCAGCAGAGACUUGUUUUUAACAAUAGACUAUCAAAAGUUUGUCUGUGGACCAAAUAUAAACUGUGACGGUACUACUUAAUUGCCUUGACUGAGACCUAAUAGCAUUAAUGACCUCCCGGUAACACAAAUCGAUUCUGUGAUGGUGUCCACUUACAUUUUAAGGAAUGGAAAUAAACUUGUGCUGCGUUUUGACUCUAAGCUUUGAAGCCUUCAUCCCCAACGACUGAAACCGCACUUGUAUCCCAAAGAUGUGCCUCUGGCCAGAUAACACAUAAAUGUCAAUUACUGCUUUUUGUAAAUGUUUUAGAUUGAGAAUGUCACAAAUGUAACAGCACUAAUUGUUAGGUGUGUGGCAGGUUGCACUGUGUUUAUUAUAGUUGUAUUUACCACCAAUCACUUGAUUUAUGCUCUGUUACUAGCAUUAUUACUGAUCUUUAUAUUUUAUAUGCACAUUUUCAACUUUUUAGUGAUUGUAUAUAGUUAAUAAAUCUGUAAAAUGAU